AUGAAGCGCUGGAUUCACUCCACCGAUCGAAACGUCGAUGCACGUAGUGCCGAGAACCUCACGGCGCUGCAUUACGCUGUACGUGGUGGCCACAAUGAAUGCUCUCGACUGUUAUUAACAGCUAAUGCAGACCCAAAUGCAAUGGAUGAACGCUGUAUUACACCACUUCAUUUAGCAGCACUUGGUGGCCAUGCACUCUGUGUGAAACUAUUGCUGUCACAUCAUGCUGAUCCAUUUCGAGAAGACGUUGACCACCAUACACCACUGUUUAUUGCAGAACAGAGCGGCAAUAUUGGUUGUGCGAGACUACUACAGAGAGAGAUGGCCAAGGCAGCGGUACACGAUGUUGCGUCCGUUACGUUACGUGCUGGUGCAAAUACCACACACGUUGACAAUACAGUGUAA